CAAAGUUCACACGUAAGGCGACAAAUAUUUUAAGUGAACAAAAGACUUACAGACUUAUCGUAGCAUUAUACAUCUAUUUUUGCACAAAAUAACAAAUUUUCUCAUCCAAUUUGACAUAAAAAUAAUGAAAUAAUUAGAAAAUUAACAUAUAAACUCCUUUCCACUUCAAAAAGAAAGAGAAUGUGACUUUCUGCAAAUUCUUUAUAUAUAUAGGUAUAUAUAUUUCUAAGUCUCCUUUCUCUUAUUCUGCAAGGGAAAUGGCACUAGAAACUGUGGUUUUGCAACAAGACCUAUUUGGUACUUAUGGACCAUGGAUUCAUGCCUUUAGUCUUCAAGAAGCAGAAGCAGAAGAUUUAAUGAGGCCAAAUGUGAAAGAAUGGGACACAAAUUCUUCUUCUCAAGAAAACUGCCCUGCAGGUGAGGGAUUCUUCUGUAGUGGUGGGUUUUCUCCGGCGGAAGUUCCGAUAACCAGUUCAGGCCAGCAAAAGAGAAAACGUAGUAGAAAUUUCAAGAACCAAGAAGAAGUUGAACACCAAAGAAUGACUCACAUUACUGUUGAACGUAAUCGGAGAAAGCAAAUGAAUGACUAUCUUGCAGUUCUCCGGCGCAUGAUGCCUCCCUCUUAUGUUCAAAGGGGAGACCAAGCAUCAAUAGUAGGUGGAGCCAUUAACUUUGUGAAGGAGCUAGAACAACACCUACAAUCCCUUCAAGCUCACAAGAAAAUGAAGAAAGAAUCAGAAACUGAUGAUUAUUCUUCUCUCUUUUCUGAUUUCUUUUCCUUUCCUCAGUAUUCAACUCGUUCAACUUUUGCCGCUGAUCAUCAUCAGCAAGAUCAAUCCAUGGCCAAGAGACAAUCAAGAUUUGCAGAAAUUGAAGUUACUAUGAUAGAAAACCAUGCCAACUUGAAAAUAUUACUAAGAAGACACCCAAAACAGCUCUUGAAAAUGGUGGUUGGAUUGUCCUCUCUUAGCCUUAUUAUUGUUCAUCUAAAUGUCACAACUGUUGGUCAUAUGGUACUUUAUUCUUUAAGCAUCAAGGUUGAAGAUGAGUGUCAACUGACUUCGGUCAAUGAAAUUGCAGCUGCUGUGUAUGAUAUGGUUGGCAGGAUUCAAGAGGAGGAUACUUCUAACUUUUCAUAUGAUUGCUAAAUUGUGUUUCUUUUUUCUUUCUUUUUAAUUAAUGAUUUUCCACUUCACACAUAAGUAAAUUAGUGGAACUUAGCUGCCUAGGAUCUUUUUUCUUCUUUUAUUUCUCCUCCUUGUAAUUAUAUCUGUCUUUGUGAAUGUUUAUAUUUAAAUUUUCUCGUCUACUAAUUCGAAUUAAAUGUGAUUAUUGUUUU